AUGGGUUUACUGAAGGGCCUCCACCAAGCCAGGAAGCUGCUGCUCGUCAUCUUCGUGCCGCUCCUAAUGCUGCCUCUGCCCAUGCUUCACCCCAGCAGCGAGGCUGCGUGUGCUUACGUGUUGAUCGUGACUGCUGUGUACUGGGUGUCCGAGGCGGUGCCUCUUGGAGCUGCAGCCCUGGUGCCUGCCUUCCUCUACCCGUUCUUUGGAGUCCUGCGAUCCAGCGAGGUGGCGGCCGAGUACUUCAAGAACACCACGCUGCUGCUGGUGGGUGUCAUCUGCGUGGCGGCGGCUGUGGAGAAGUGGAACCUGCACAAGCGCAUCGCUCUGCGCAUGGUCCUGAUGGCCGGAGCCAAGCCGGGCAUGCUGCUGCUCUGCUUCAUGUGCUGCACCACGCUGCUGUCCAUGUGGCUCUCCAACACGUCCACCACCGCCAUGGUCAUGCCCAUCGUGGAGGCCGUGCUGCAGGAGCUGGUCAGGGCCGAGGAGGAGCAGCUCGCGGCCGGCAGCUCCAGCGCCGAAGAGGCCGAGCCCAUCAAUCCCGAUGUAAACAACAGCCAACCUUCCCUGGAACUCAUCUUUGUCAAUGAAGACACGUCGAAUGCAGACUUCAGUUCUCUGAUGCAGAACAAGAACCUGAAUGGCGUGCCCGCCAUCACCAGCUCCGCCAGAGCAGCAAACCACCAGGACAAGAAGCAGCGCGCGUCUCAGGAAAAGCCACCAGUCCUGACCCCCAGCCCCAGGAACCAGGAACUCAAAAGAAAGUACAAGUCCCAGCAUGACCAAAUGAUCUGCAAGUGCCUCUCUCUGAGCAUCUCUUAUGCCGCCACCAUUGGGGGCCUGACCACCAUCAUUGGCACCUCCACCAGCCUCAUUUUCUUGGAACACUUCAAUAACCAGUAUCCAGCAGCAGAAGUGGUCAACUUCGGCACCUGGUUCCUCUUCAGCUUCCCCAUCUCCCUCAUCAUGCUGGUGGUCAGCUGGUUCUGGAUGCACUGGCUGUUCCUGGGCUGCAAUUUUAAAGAGACCUGCUCUCUGAGUAAGAAGAAGAAGACCAAAAGGGAAGAGUUAUCAGAGAAGAGGAUCCAAGAGGAAUAUGAAAAGCUGGGAGCCAUUACCUACCCGGAAAUGGUGACUGGAUUUUUCUUCAUCCUGAUGACGGUGCUGUGGUUUACCCGGGAGCCUGGCUUUGUUCCUGGUUGGGAUUCCUUCUUUGAAAAGAAGGGCUACCGCACCGACGCCACAGUCUCUGUCUUCCUUGGCUUCCUCCUCUUCCUGAUUCCAGCGAAGAAGCCUUGCUUCGGGAAAAAGAACGAUGGGGAAGACCAGGAGCCCUCACCGGGGACGGAGCCCAUGAUCACGUGGAAGGACUUCCAGAAGACCAUGCCCUGGGAGAUUGUCAUUCUGGUGGGAGGAGGCUAUGCUCUGGCUUCUGGCAGCAAGAGCUCUGGCCUUUCCACGUGGAUUGGGCACCAGAUGUUGUCUCUGAGUAGCCUCCCACCGUGGGCCGUCACCCUGCUGGCGUGCAUCCUGGUGUCCAUUGUCACAGAGUUUGUGAGCAAUCCGGCCACCAUCACCAUCUUCCUGCCCAUCCUGUGCAGCCUGUCCGAAACGCUGCACAUAAAUCCACUCUACACCCUGAUCCCAGUCACCAUGUGCAUCUCCUUUGCAGUGAUGCUGCCAGUGGGAAACCCCCCUAACGCCAUCGUCUUCAGCUAUGGGCACUGCCAGAUUAAAGAUAUGGUGAAGGCUGGUCUGGGGGUCAAUGUCAUUGGCCUGGUGAUAGUGAUGGUGGCCAUCAAUACAUGGGGAAUUAGCCUCUUCCACCUGGACACUUUUCCCGCCUGGGCUAAGGUCAGUAACAUCACUGAUCAGGCCUAACAGAAGUGGGCAAAUGGCCCAACCAAAGGAGCUGCCAGCACCCGGCAGAAUCUGACCAACAGGCCAAGCAAACCACCAGGAGUGCAAAACCCCCAGCAGAAGAUUCCGCCAGCUACCACCUCGAGUGAAUUGCAGGGAGCCUUCAACAACCAAAUGCACAGGCUCGGAUG